CUCCCAUUUUACUCUCUCCCAGUCAAUCAGAAAUUUGAAAACCUAGAAUUUGAAAUCUACCCACAACCCCGUCUCUCCACUGAUCAUUCAUUUCUUCACCGUCCCAUUUCCGGCGGUAAAAUUUUGGCCCUUGGGUUGCCCAAAUCGCAACAACAAACAGCAGCUGUUCCCCUGCUUAAAUGUGAGCCAAAUUCUCUUAUCCCCUCUUAAAUUCUAGCUACAUGUUGCGUUCUGGAAUGUAAUUUUUCCGAAACUGCUGUUGAAGUUCCUGUAUUUCGCGGUUUUCUAUAGUUGUUAACCUCAGCAACCAAACUCCCAUUUGCUGGGUUUCUGCUUCCUUCCUAGUUCAGUUAGUUUUGUCUUUCGUUUUCCUCUUAUGCAGGCUGAUUGAAUUUCUGUUUCCACAGAUUCUGUUGCAUUGGCUUCAGAUCUUAAAGGUUUCCCCUCAAAGAGUGGGUCAAUGGAUAAGGAAAAAAAGAGUUCAGAGACUGAUUUUCUGCUGCAAUGGGGGACCAAAAAGAGGCUCAGAUGCGUGAAACUGAAGAAAAAUCAAAACUUGGCCAAGAAUUCUAGACCAACUGAUUCUUUCCCUAAGAAGAGACUCACAUCUGCUGUCGUCACUUUGAAGAAAGAUUCCCCUUCUCGUUUCAUGAAGAGUGAUAUGUUACCAAGCAAGAGGAAGGUACUGUCACCAGAGAAAGAAGACCGGUACUACACUACGAGGGGAUCAUUGGGGUUAGACGAAAGCAGUAAGCUGUUAAUAGAUGGUAUUGAGGAAGAAAAAGGUCAUCAUGUCUGGCCUAAAUUGUUUAUCUCAUUGUCCAAUAAAGAAAAAGAAGAGGAUUUCUUGGCGAUGAAAGGGUGCAAACCAUCUCAAAGGCCCAAGAAAAGGGCCAAGUUGAUCCAAAGAACAAUACUCUUGGUGAGCCCGGGUACAUGGCUGUCGGAUUUGACUCAAGAGAGAUAUGAAGUUCGGGAGAAGAAGACUGCCAAAAGGAGACCCCGGGGAUUGAAGGCAAUGGGCGGUAUGGAAAGUGAUUCAGAAUCAUAGAUCCAUACGUGGCAAGGAGAAAAGUAAAGCAUCGCGAUUGCUUGAAGUGUGAGACUAACCAGCAAUCAAGGACCAGAUCAGAGAUUCUUAUGAGUGAUUUAAUCAUUUCGCGCUUUGAUGGUAGUCAUGACUCUUGAGCAGAGCGAUAGAUUAAUGGCAUCCUCUCUUCAGCUCCAUAUUAUCAUACCUGUAACAGUGUUUCACUAUUUGGGUUGGAAUUGAAGGAGUAAGUCUCGCAAAACAGCUUUUGUUCUGUUGGGAUGAAAAGGGAUAAAGAAAGGAGCUUUUACUUCAAGAAAAAUCGAGGGAAUUCACCUGCUAUUGUAAUCUCAAUCUCAAAAAGGAGUUUGGGUUCUUAUGGUUAUUGAAAUUUGUAAGGGCGAUAUCAUAUCAGGACAGAAUCGGACAACAGACGAUUCAUGUCAUGAUCUAUUUUGAUCCAUUCAUCUCUUUGUUAGAGAUAGCAUGAUCUUUAUCCAAAAAUAAAUGAAGCC